AUGUCUUAUCGUUUAGCACAUUCCCAUCAUAGGGCAUUGCUCAAUGACCUAUACAACCGAUUCAACAAUACUCUAUCAUUCUGCUUAUUGCUGUUCUCAAAGAGUCCACAAAGGGACAUUAAAGAAAAACUAUCAAUGCAACCACUUAUUGUGCUUCUCGUCUGUAUAGCUACUGUACUCGCUCAAAUGGGAAUGAUGGGUCCGAUGGGAAUGGGAGGAAUGGGCAUGAUGGGACCAGGAAUGAUGGGAAUGGGUAUGCGUCCAAUGAUGGGACCUAUGGGAAUGAUGAUGAUGCGACGAAGAAUGGCCAUGGGCAUGAUGGGAAUGGGCCCUUAUGGAAUGUAUGGCAAGAAAUGAUAUGGAGAAAAGUGCCAUGUGGAUAAAAUAAGUAGAGACUUAUGCUACUAAUUGGAAUGUUUUUGUAAUUUGAUAUGUUUCGUAUUCAUCACAUUGCCUGUAAAUCUGGU